UGCUUAUCAUUUUUAGAGUUUGACCCUCAAAAUAUGUUUGUGGUAUGCCUAACGGUACUUUUUAUUCAGCUGCACGUAUUUAGUUUUUGCGCCGAAACAGUUUAUAAAUUUUUAGAAACGAGAAAGUAUGCGAACAUUUAUUUGAUGGUGCAGUAUUCCAUUAAAAAUGAUUUUCUUUGACUGCUUCCUUUUCCUGUGCCCAUGUAUUGGGUUACAUACCCAGCAUAUAAACUUAAAAUCUUUGGUGCAGUUCGAGUUUUGGAAUUCUUAUAAUGUAUACUUAUAAAAAAGAAACAUGUAAUCAGCCGGCUUGAAACUCCCUGAAAAUGUUACCUCGAAAACGUAGACUUUUUUAAUCUUUUCUAUAAAUCUUUAUUUUAGCACAAAUCUCCACUAAAAAUUUCGUUGCUUUAAAACGAUAAACGAUGAAAAGGUUGUUGGUAUAUAGGCUGGACCAGAUAGGGUUGCUCAGUGAACGAUUUUUGUUCGGUUACCGUAAACGCCUCACGUGGUUUUCACCCUUCGUCAACGUUUCAUCAACAACCAACAUGUUAAUAAUAGCCUAAGGUACACUUAUUUCUCGAUUGGAACACCAACGAGCCGCUAAAACUGCAUUUUAAAGGUGCGAUCAAGUCAAAUUUAAGCCAGUAGCCUGCAAACCGAAUAGGCGUUAUAUUCGUUAUAAUACUCAAUGAAAUUUUGCGUAAAUACGCGAUAUGUUAAAUCUUGCAUUAUUGCCAUGGUACAAUAUUUAGUUAACGCUUUCUAUUUCUUCGUGAUGGCUGUGUAGCUUGACUCGAAAUUUAAAAACGCCAAACCCUGGGCAUUUAUGCUGAUCCUUGGGUUGUUUCGCUUGCGUGGCAAAAUUCACGAUACCAAAUGACGCUUCAUGAGACGCAAUAACGUCAAAUACAAAAAAAACCCCGAAUACAAAGAAAUUAAAUGACGCAAUGACGUCAAAUUGAAAUCCCACUCAAGCAAAAUGUCUGCACAGGAAGAAGAUGCUUCAGUCUGUAGUUGGCAACAAAUUGAAGAUCUUCUAACUAAAUCAUCGGAAGAAAGAACAGAUUCAGAAAUACGAAAAGUUUUACCUUGGUUUCGAGAACGAAGGACCAUCUUCCAUACGCUCGAUGUCGAAAGUCUUUCUGGCAUAGUACGUUUAGCUAAUUUGGUUUGCUUAAAAGCUGAUCACGUGGUUGUUCAUCAGGGAGAUGUUGGUAAUUGCUUUUUUUUGAUCGUGAGAGGAAGUGUGGUUGUACAUGCUAAAAAGAGUGAAAUUGACGGCGAAAACGCGCACAUAGAACCAGUUUUACGCGAUGUUUCGACAGCUAAAGGAACGAAAGAAAGAGCAAGGUUUGGGCAAGAGCUGUGUACACUCAGGCCAGGUCGUUGUUUCGGCGAGUUGAGUGUGUUUGGUAGCAAGAGCGAACGAAACGCAACGAUAAUUACGGAUGAAGUCUGUGUGUUAGUGUGUAUCAGUAGAGAGACUUGCUUAAGAUUUAUAUCGGAAGAAUUUGCAGCAGAAAUUGUACAGAGAUCUUCAUUUGUAGCGAAUCAUCCAUUUUUUCGCACCUGGACACUACCCUACCGCCACUUGCUCGAAGAAAAUCUUCAAUUACGUCAUUUUAAAUAUGGAGAGAAGGUUGCAAAACAAGGCGAAUUUCUUGAAGCUGUGUAUUUCGUUCUGGAAGGACAAGCGACGUUACGAAUGAACCCCAUUCACCUUCAGCAGCAGCAGCAGUAUUCGCAUCUUUUAUCAAAAAUUAAAAGACCUGUGUUAGAAGAAGGUUGUUUUGAUCCGUUCCAAAAACUUAGUGUGAUUGAAAGACGCAGAUUACGACGAAACAAAGGUUACUUCGCGUGUGAACAGAGAUAUAGAGAAUUGAAUAUUUGCACGGUUGGUUCCGGAGGGAUUAUAGGUGAUAUAGAAACUGUCCUUGAUCUUCCCUACUACACGGUUACUGCUGAAUGCACGCAAGAGCUAAAGAUUUACGAAAUAGAUAAAUCAAGUUUUCUUCGAAUCAUUGUAAAGAAGAAUCCGGAAACAUAUGAAAAAAUGAGACGUUCUGUUCACGAAAAAAUACAGUACCGAAAUAGUAAACUGGCGGGAGGAAUUCCGAUAUAUACAGCACUAUUAGAGCUAUUUCAAAAACUCAAACCGAAAGAUAAUCGAAAAAAUAUUCUUAAGAAAUAUCAUGCAAGGAAUGCUAAGAAAAUUCCCGUGAAAAAAGAUUAUUUUAUCGAAAUGUCUCAAGGGAGAACAACCAACAGAAAUGCAGUAAGUAACAUAUGUAAUACUAUGUACAAGUAGAAAAUUUUUGUGCUGAAAACAGUACUGGCAAGCUUGACCCAAAGGUAGGGUUCACAAAACCAGUGUUGUGUCGUUAAAAUAAUUGGGUGCCAAGCAACUGCAACGUGCUGCUUCUUUUUUUGUAGAUCGAGACGGAAAGAAUUCCAAUUUUCUAUUUAAUUGCAACCACUUUGAACCCAGGCCUAUUUACAAUGCCUUGUUACACAACCAAUUAAACAACUAGAGAGACAAAAUUUCAAAAAAGCACUCCAAACAACCGAAAGUCUGAUCCCAAAUCGAGGUUGCUUAUAAAAAAUCUGCUGUGUAAAUAAGGAUUUGAAUUUUUUAACUUAGCUGCUGUUUUGCGCCAUUACUAAGUACUAUUAAAAAUCCAGGGCAAUUCGCCCGACAAAAAACCUAUAGAAAUUCGCUUGUAGCUAGCAGCCACCACACCACAGAAUUCGGCCGUCGCACCAAAAUCGAUAACUUAAUAUCGCAUUUGGUAUCUCGUGUUUAGUGUAAAAAUAUCAAAUUUAUAAAAUCUAGAUGAAAAAAUCGCGACAAGUUGAAAAACGAGAGCCUGUAGAAGAAAUAAUCGUUGCGGAGGAGACUGUUGUUAAACCAAAAACACAACUUUGGAAAACGACAGGCAAAUUAGCCGGCGCGUUGGUGUCUAUACGAAAAAAGUAAGUUAAGCAUUUUUAUAUAUUAUUAGUGAAAAUUAUAUUGCAUCAAUAUUACUCUAUACAACAUAUUUCG